AUGCCACAUGAAAGCAACUUCCCAAUUUCCGCGGAAAUAGAUGGUUCAACUUUGAAGCAGGUCCAGAAGAAGACAGAGCUUCACGCAGAGAUGAACUCCCCAACCAAGGAAAAACCGACCGCGAAGAGUUUCCAUCAUCGAUUCAGCGUCGAAGGGCUGGCAUUGGCACCAACUCCCUUGAAAGACACCGCAAAAGCGUUCGACUUUGAAAACAUUAUCCCGAUGUCAAAUGGCCGACCUGCGCCCGAAUUUCUACCAUGGAAAGAAUUAUCGAUGAAUGUCACCAAAUGUGACACAGGCACAAUGUCCUGUAUGAAAGGGGAAGAUGCUUUUGAUUUGGCGGAGGCGAUGGAUUACAGUCUUUCUGCAGGCAAUCCUAAGCUGGUGAACUUCUUCACUGAGCAUGUCAAUUUAACUCAUAGCCCGCCGUACCGGGACAGGCAAACUUGCCUCUCGAUUGGAAGUACCUCAGCCAUCGAAAGGGCCCUGCGAAUAUUUUGUGACCGGGGCGAUUCUGUCUUGGUCGAGCAGUAUACAUACCCCGGGGUCACGACUGCCACAGAUGCUCUAGGUAUCAAUCUGAUUGGCAUUAAAAUGGACGACGAAGGGCUUGAUCCAAUUGACCUCGAUGCAAAGUUAAACUCUUGGGAUGCUCAGUCGGGUAAGAAGCCAUUUAUUCUAUACAUGGUGCCAUGCGGACAGAAUCCCACUGGAGUCACUCAGAGCCUCCGGCGGAGAAGGGCCAUCUACCAGCUCGCCGAAAAGCAUGAUCUAUAUAUUAUAGAGGAUGACCCGUAUUAUUUUAUCCAACUUGAGAUUCUUCUUGAGAAUGAUGCAGAGGGGACAGCUUAUCAGAGGAGCCUACCAGCCUCUUACCUAUCAUUGGAUGUCUUCGGUCGAGUUCUGCGUCUAGAUUCCGCCUCUAAGAUUCUAGCUCCAGGGCUGAGACUGGGAUGGGUUACUGGCUGUGCACAGGUCAUCGAGAAAUUUACCGAGCAGGCUGACAUGAGCACGUUGGCUCCGUCCGGCCCAUCACAAAUUCUGGUUCACAAGCUUCUCUGUGAGAAAUGGGCUCAUUUUGGAUUUGCAAAGUACUUGAAAGAUCUUUCUCUGCAAUAUCAACAACGGAGAGAUAUAAUGACUGCUGCAUGUGUUGAGCAUCUUCCAUCAAGUCUCUGCAAAUGGUCUAUUCCAUCCUCUGGAAUGUUCCUGUGGAUCAAAAUUCUUUCGACGCAUGUUCUCCCUCAAUCCUUUGCAGAUAUCGAGGAAAGAGUAAGCGAGGAAUUAGAAGAGAAAGGAGUUUUAAUCGGAAGGGGAAGCUGGUUCUGGGCCGGUUCUGGGAGUACAGAGGAACUCUGCUUUCGAUUGACUUUCGCGGCAGCCCCUCCAAGAAGGUUUGAGGAGGGGAUUCGUACGUUUGCUCAAGUUCUCAGAAAAAUCUUUGCAGUGAGUGAAUAG